AACAACAUAUCCAAGUUCAAUAACCAAUUCUAAAUUCCAAGGUCAAUUCUUAGCACUAUUUCAUCUAUACCUUUAAACCCAUUUCUAGUUUCUUUUUCUCUUCUUCAUCCAAAUGUUCAAAACUCCACAAAAUUAUAGUACAUAGUUGUAACAAGCUCGAAAAACAAUAAUGUUAGCCUACCAUAAGACCAUUUGGCUAAACAAUGUUGUUUUUCUUCUUUGGGUGAUGGUAAUCUUACAAGUUGAGGCAGCUAAUGAUGCCGAAAUCCUCCUCAAGUUCAAGCAAUCCCUCUUGAACACCGAUGCCCUAAGCACUUGGGAGACGUCGAAUGUCCAACCUUGUACAAACAACACAAGGAAUUGGGUAGGCGUUAUAUGUAAUAGAGGUUCGUUAUUUGGUUUACAACUUGAGAAUAUGAAAUUAAAGGGGACUAUUGAUAUUGACACACUAGCUCAAUUGUCAACUUUAAGGACUAUUAGUGUUAUGAAUAAUAGUUUGGACGGUCCAUUUCCGGCGAUAAACAAGCUAGGAAGGCUUAGAUCGGUGUUUUUCUCGUACAAUAAUUUCUCAGGCGAAAUUCAUGAUGAUGCAUUUGAACAUAUGGCCGUGUUGAAGAAGGUGCAUUUGGCUAAUAACUCGUUUACAGGAAAUGUGCCUAAGUCUUUGGCUAAUUUGGCUAUGUUAUUAGAGGUGACUUUAGAGAAUAAUCAAUUUUAUGGGCAUGUUCCAAAUUUUAAGUCCUCUGAAUUGAAGGUGUUUAAUAUAUCAAACAACUAUUUUGAUGGUCAAGUUCCUCCUUUUUUGGCUCACAUGAAUACUUCUACAUAUUUGGGAAAUCCAGGCUUGUGUGGGAGUCCAUUACCAGCAUGUAAACCUUCAAUACACAAGAACUCUUUAUCCAUGGUGUUAAUCAUUGUGAUAACCGUUGCACUAUUGUUGUUCAUGACCGGGGUAUUCAUAGUACUAACCAAGUACCGGGGCACAAACACCGGCAAGCAAAUCACUGCAAGGGAUGUAGAGAUGCUACCACAUGAGAAAGCCAAGCUAAAGCAAGGCGGGAACGAUUUGUACCCAAACAACCAAGCAAGGGCUCUAGAGAGGCCAACAAGUUACAAGAAAAGUGACAAUGGAAAGCUUUGUUUCUUAAGAAAUGAUAGGCAAAAGUUUGAGAUGCAAGACUUACUUAAGGCCUCAGCUGAAGUUUUAGGGAGUGGAAGUUUUGGAUCAUCUUAUAAGGCAGCAAUUAUAGGUGGACCAACUUUUGUGGUUAAGAGGUUUAGGCAAAUGAAUAAUGUUGGAAAAGAAGAGUUUCAAGAGUUGAUUAAGAAGCUUGGAAGAUUAAGACACCCUAAUUUGCUUCCUUUAGUUGCUUUCUUUCAUAAAAGGGAUGAGAAGCUUAUUAUUUCUGAUUUUGUGGAGAAUGGUAGCUUGGCUAGUCAUCUUCAUGGAAAGCGUACUCCGGAUCAACCAGGACUAAGGUGGUCUACAAGGUUAAAGAUUAUCAAGGGAGUAGCAAGAGGCUUAGCAUACCUCUACAGGGAGCUAGCCGAACUCGCCUUACCACACGGACACCUUAAAUCAUCCAAUGUACUCCUCGAUGACAAAUUCGAACCCUUGUUAUCGGACUAUGCAUUCACACCAUUGAUCAACAAAGAACACGGUGAACAAGUCAUGGCCGCGUACAAGUCACCAGAGUUCACCCAAAACAACACCAUAACCAAAAAAACCGACGUUUGGUGUCUUGGAAUACUUAUACUAGAAAUCUUAACAGGGAAGUUCCCAGCAAAUUAUCUUAAGCACGGAAAAGGUGGGAACGACGAAUUAGCCACUUGGGUUGAUUCCGUUAUUAAGGAAGAAUGGUCCAGUGAAAUGUUCGAUAUGGAAAUGAGAGCAUCAAGAAGUUGUAAGGGUGAAAUGUUGAAGUUGUUGAAGAUUGGAAUGUGGUGUUGUGAAUGGAAUGAAGAGAAAAGAUGGAGUUUAAGAGAUGCAGUCGAAAAAAUCGAGGAAUUAAAAGAUAUGGAUAAUGAUGAUUUAGCUGAUUUUCCUAGUGGAAGAUCAUUCUCUUCUGAAAGUUCAUAUUCAAGAAUAGCUUCAAUAACAACUGAAGAAGUUGUUUGAUUUAGGGACUAACAAUAAUCAUGGAAUACGUACGUGUAGUAGUAAUCCCGUGGUUUGGAUUUAACACUCACGUGACAACUGAAUCCGGACAAAGGGAUCGAGUAUACUUGAAAUUUGAGGUAGCAGUUUUAUAUUCAAAAAUUCAUGUUAGUUUUGCAGCAUACUUGAAUAGUUGGAUGUAAAACAAAAGGUGAGAAAUUUAUUGUACCUUAUUUUUUAUUUUUGCUGUUUCUAAUUAUCCAUUUAAUUGUUAAUUUUACUUUAAAGCUUUAAAUUCCUUUCUUCUAAUUAGGCUGAGGUUUGAAAUAGAGGUAUCAAUUACAGAGUAUUUGUACUAGAACAUGAUACAUACAGCUAGUUUUAUUAAAAAUAUAUAU